AUGGCUGGUAGCUCAAGCUCUCAUCUUUUCCACGUUGUAGAUGAUUUCUACUUUUCAGCUCUCCAUGAUGAUGACGAAAUCUUUCCCAUUUCUGAUGAGAAAUAUGCCCACCAACUGCAACUUCAAGAGGCUCUCAUAUCUGCCUCAGCCUCACUAUUUCAAAAUGCAUCAUCAUCCAAGAAGCAGCGGAUCGAGGAGGAGGAUGCAUCUGACCAAUUACACGACAGCUUCUGUGAAAUUUGCAUGGACAGAAAGACUGCUUCUGAUAUGUUCCGUAACAUUAACGUUUGUGGUCAUUUGUUCUGUCUAGACUGUAUUCGCCGACACGUGGCUGCCAAGAUCAAGGAGAAUAUACCACAGGUUAAGUGUCCUGAACCAAAAUGCAAGGGGAUAAUAGGACCAGAAAUCUGUCGAUCCAUUGUCCCAAAACAAGUACUGGCGAGAUGGGAAGAGUCGCUAUGCGAAUCUCUGAUCCUUGGUUCCGACAAGUUCUACUGCCCAUUUAAAGACUGUUCAGCCAUGUUGGUGGAUGAUGGUGGUGAAACCGUGACAUCAUCGGAAUGCCCAAAUUGCAACAGACUGUUCUGUGCACAGUGCAGGGUAGUAUGGCAUUCAGGGAUGGAUUGUAGGGAAUUUCAGAGCCUAGAAAAGGGUGAGAGGGAUCCAGAAGAUGUAAUGUUGAUGGAGCUUGCCAAGAAGAAGAAGUGGAGGAGGUGCCCAAGAUGCAAGUUUUUUGUAGAAAAAGCACAAGGUGCGGGUAUGAAUUUUGUUAUGGAUGCGGAUUGA